CUCGAGUAGAGUGCUGUGUUGCCGUUUUGUUUCGCCUCGAAUGGUGCAUUGCUCUGCCCUUCGCUUCUGUCGCUUGUUCUCCCAUCGUUUCAACGAGUACGAGUGACAAGGAGAGUGAGUUGUGUAUAUGUAUCUUGUCACGCGCCGCUUUCCGCUCUUUUCUCCUUCUUAAUACGUAGUUUGAACAUGAUAAUAAUAGUAUUAAUUUUAGUUACAGGGCCAUCCUUGUGGUUCUCGGGGGUUGGAUGCGAUAGGCUUUAGGUCCUGGCUAGGUGAACCGGUGCCUUUGGUCUUGUCAGGAAAGGUGGCCUAGAGUCAAUGCGAGCACUCACCCCCCCAUUCUUCUUCCACCAGAGAACCUGGGGGGGGGGACGGGAUGCCAAGGGCAGCAGCAUUUGGUAUAGCUAUUUAGUUUUUAGCUAUAAUUUGUACACUGAUCCUCGUUCUUGCUUUGCUUUCGACGGAUACUACGAGUGUUGAGUGCUGAGAGCGUCUUGUCUUAAUACCCAACCUACGACCCGUUACUUGAUCAGGGACCACAAUGGACUACUUCUAAAUCUACACUUACUCCUAAGUUAGGAGUAUUCAAAACCGAUUGAACAACAUAUGUUAGAAUUGCCGGAGUGCAAUGCAUCCUUAGAGCUACCGGUGCCCCCUUUUAGACGAGUAUUACUCUGGAUGUCAUGAGAGAGAGAGAGAUAAGGUUAUUUUCGACAGAGGGUGACUCUGACUGUGAAGCUUCUAGUCAAGUAGAGUGAAGUUGUGUUCAUCUGUAUCUAUCUGUUGUGCGAGAAAGAGAGAUCGUGAGCAUCUAUUUUACUUCAACAAAUCGGAGACUGAGGGAAGCAGUUAGAUGACAGAAGAUACUGUAGAUUAUCAUAUCAAUCUGUUGAUUGCUCUUUGAGGUAGAUCUGUACGCAUCAAGAGAGUCAUGAUCUGUGGUCCACUUACUAGGUUUGAGAAGCGCGAGCCAUGCAAAUGCAUAACUGAGCUUUCCUAAUCCAUUCAAUUCCUUCUCACUUCACAGCAUUCUACUUAUAACACUUUGUUACCUCUAGAUGUAGCUUUGUUACCUCUACCGGAACCGCGGUGUAAGUUUGUUACCUCUAGGUGUAGCUUUCACUCAUUUCCAGCACUGUUCUCUCCGCUUCAAAGCUUAUAACACUUUGUCAAUGUUGUGCCCUUCUAUUCGUGGUCCUGCGCCAUUCGUGGUCAUUUGUUUAACCAUGUAAUUAUGAAAUCAUUGAUACUCUAACUGAAUAAUUGCUGAAAGCGUUGCUUGAUAUACUUCGUGUGCUUGCUUUUGAUAGUGAAUAUUUUCCUAUAUAAGUAGUGAGUACGUAGAUUGCUCCAUCAUCAUGGGGAUCUUUUUGCGGCGAAAAUAUCUGGAGUCAAUGCUCGGAUGUUAUACAUGACUAUAAUUUGCCAGAACAUUGCAUAGUGCAAGCGUUGACAAAAAAACCGCGAACGUUCUACGGUAAAGGAUAAGGAUAUAUUUUAUAGGUUUUUGUGGGCGCAGAGAAGGAUUCAUGUAUGUUGCGCACAGACAGUGACAACUUUGACUUUCUAUAGAUAGGUAGUUUAUAUAGAAGUCCUCACUACAAUUUCACUCCAUAGCAAUACUGAUCUUAGAAAGUCCUAGGCUCGCCUUAUGAUUAUAGAUGGAAAAGGUUUUGGAUAAUACAUAGUGACAUUAAGAAAAUAAAUUUUUCUUAGAUGACAUGCACAUGCUGUGAUGUUAUCACAUGCCAAGUAUCCGACACCUAACCGCCAUGCUACACUGUAUGAACAACUUGAACUUGUCGAAUAGAUUCCGAUUAACAGUUAGAGCCUAUAAUAGUUAGUUGAUAAUUCGCGAAUGACAGUCAAUAUGGUAGACGAUACUACGACUAUGGGAGAAGAGAAGUCGCGCGGCGACAACUAACUGCUCGACGAAGAAGAUGAUGAAGAGGAGACACCUCAAACGCAUAAAUCUGUUGUAGGGGUUGAUACAUCAGCAACAGCAACUGCUGGGACUAUGACAGGUGCAAACGUGAUGGCUGGAAGGAGAUCAUCAUCUACCUCAUCUUUCUUCUUAAAGCAAGAAGAGAGAGUAGUAGUUGAUGUAGCAGAAGAUAACACUCCUGCUCCGCCGGGUAAUACUGCUCCUCAAGAAGUUGCUCAACAUAUGAAGGUUAGGAAAAUGGUGGGGCAGAGUGGAGGACUGGAUCAGGUGAAGAUCGAGGGAUCAACGACCAGUGGUUUUGGUGGUGGCGCAGGCGACGCGACGACCGGCUCGGAGACGGACGGAAGUAGAAACUUUUUCGGAAUCACGGAAAUGAUGAGGGUUCAGUUAAGGCUCAAAACUAUAUUUCAACAUUGAUUUCUACAAGAGGUGACUUCUCGCAGACUCCUUCUUGGGAUUCUGCAGAAAGGAAGGGAAGAAAUGAAAUGUUUUGAGCUCUAAGCUUAGGUGGUGCGAUUCUGAAUGUCCGUGAUUUUUCCUUUGUCCGGUGGCUCUUGCACGCGAUCGGCGACGAAAACACGAACAGCCAGGAGGCCGCAGUUGGCCUGGUCUUUUCCGUAGCGCACGUUAUCUUACUUGUACCUUUGCUUAAGGGUUUUGACAUUACUCAUCCUCGAUUAACAUCCUUGGAUGAGGUCUUGUUUUCUCAAGUAGAAAAUUUAGGUCACAAGGAUGAACUGGAGAAUGUACUCAUGCUGCAAGAAGAACUUCUAACGUACACAUCGCGCUGGCGUUCACACUCUUCCCAGAUCCACGCUUCGAGAGUGUCUGUCCCAAAAUCGCUAAGGUGCUAUAUUUCUCAGCCGCAUUUCAUCAGAUCUUUUUGACGCGGAAGAGCACGAUUCCGUUUAUGAUGGGCAACGCCGCAGAGGCAGCUAUUCCGUUUGUUGCUGGUAUUAUCAUGGUCCUCUUGCAAUUUUCGGAUGAGGAAGAGAGAGAGCGUCUAGCGAUCCUAGCGGGGGAUCAAGGAGUAGCAGCAGUGCUGUCGGCGGGAGAUGCUUUGCCUCUGUCGGAGAAAAGGAUGAAUGAGGUGGUAACGACAGGCAUGUGGUGUAGCGUUUUUGGCUCCUUUCUAAGCGGGUUCGCGUACUGGGUCAUAGGGUAUCUGAAUCUCGCAGACUACUUAGGCGUGAUCCCGAUGCCGUGCGUCGGAGGUUAUUUCUGCUUUUUAGGGUCGUUUCUCCUCAUCGCUGGGUUCAAGAUUGCGACAGGAAUCGCGGUGACCACACAAGAGGGGCUGGACAGCAUUUUGAAUGGGGAUUCGGCUGUUACAAGCAGAUUCCCUCACAUGCUGGUCUGGGUCGCACUCGUUGCUCUGUUUGUUGGUCUCUCCGACUACGUUGUCCCAAAAUAUGGCGCGAUGACUCUGCCGGUUGCGUUCACGCUGGUCCCGUUAGUCUUGCUCUUCAUUUUAGCACUCGUCGCAGUGGAUGAGCCGUUGGACUUGUCUCAGCUACGCAGCGAAAAGUGGCUGCCGCAGGAUCCCAAAGAAGUGGUGUGGGGGUGGUCCCACUUCGAGCUUUUCGAUCCAACAUACAUCCGAUGGGAUUGGAUGCCCUACGCGUCGACCUGGUUUUAAGGAUCGGUCCCCUCAUCCAUCUUGUGAAGCAUCCUCAGAGCAGGGUUUUCAAGGGGAAAACACACCCAGGAUGCAUCUUGAGAUGGAUUAGGGUGAACUCUAACGGUUGGUGGCGCUGGCUUUCUUCCGAGGAAUCGGCGGCUUCCUUGUGCUGCUUGGGUUGCAAGCCGAAUUGCCUACCCGGAUCGAUGUGAACUACGAGAUGCGGUGUAUCGGAUUGUCGAACAUGUUCGGCGUCUUCGUACUGGCGUUUCCGGCAGCGAACUGGUUUUCAUCGACGUUGGUGAACUUCAAAUGUCAGGUUCGGGGUCGCUCAGUCGGGUACGGCACGUUUGCACUGAUGCUUUUGUAUUGGUUCUUCGCGAUUGACAUUGGUUCGUAUCUGCCGAAGCCGGAAGUGGGUGCACUCGUGGGCUACAUUUAAGGCUACAAGAAAUCCAUCUUCUUCACAGGCACCUUCUUGGUCCUCCCGUUGUUUUAAAGGGACGAAAAGGAGACCCAAGAAAGAUGCUGCUGAAGAUGGAUCUCUCUUGGUUCUAAUACAUGGGCUUCAUGCUGCUGCGCACGUGGCUGUGGGCCUCGAGGAGGAAAUACCCGACGGAAGAAUAUGUGCUACUCUGGGUGUCGAUUUGCAUCAUCGUUCCCAUGCAAAACAUGUUUUCCUUUGGCCUGAUUUUAGGCAUGUUGGUCGCAGUGUCUGUUUCGGCACUACUUUUCGCCGUGUCCUACGCGUUUUACUCGGUCAUAGAAGUGCUAGAGACGCCUCCGCACAGCGGCACGGCGCGCAGCGAAGAAGAGCGUGAUAUGCUUACUUUGUGUAUGCGCGAUGAAGCGUUGAUUGUGCGGCUUCACGGCUUUCUGUUCUUCGGUACGGCGUUUCAGAUCUCUAGAACGCUAUUGACGCAGAUCCAGCAGGUAAACGCCGAAAGGGAGCUGAACAACCCUGAUGACGAACGAGAUCGGAUACGCUUUGUCUUGCUUGAUUUCGAGCAUGUUAGACGAAUUGAUUUGACCGCCGCGGACCACACGGAAUUCCUCGUCUCCGCGCUACGCCUCUCCGGGAUUCAUAUUUACAUCACUGGAUUGCUAGGCCACAAGAAAAAAGGCAUUCGAAAACUCCUCGAAAACCGUUCGGUGCUGAAACAUGUUAAACAAGCUUCUCAUACCUAUGCUGUAGACGACGCGGAAGCUGAAGCAGCUGCGGGGUUUUUAGUUAAGGCUUAACACGAUAAUUGAACUUCAUCUUCAUCUUCACAAAUGAAUUGGCUGAGAGCAGGUCUCCUGCUUGGAUUUUUUUGACUAAGUUUCCGUUUCCUCUUUCUGACAGCACUGCAAUGUGAACUUGCAAAUGUGGAGGUUGAAGAAAGUGAAUUAUUGCGAAGAGCGCUAAUGUAAACUUCAGAUCUGCUUUGUCCUUGAUUGAAGACCAAAUCUUGCACGAGGAGCGGGGAGAGAAGGGACGCGGGAUGUUAAAAACUACCGCCCAAUUACUGGAAGAGGAAAUGGCACAUGCGAAAGGAGGACUUUAUCACCUCUCUGCUCUACUGGAUCCUAGUAGCGCGGAGUGUCAUGAAGUAGGCGGGUCUUCAAAGAGAGGAUGUCGUAGUGAGAGUAGGGGCUGCUGCAAAGAACAAAAAGCAACAAAUAUUAAGAUUUCCGGGAAUCUCCCAUUUUGAGAAGCAUCUUGAUGGAGCUCCCGUGUAAGGGGGAAGCGGGGUCGUCAAGAUGCUUUUCAAGAUGGGAGACUCCCGGAAGGUCUAAAAAUAGUAAUAGUAAAUCCGUCGCCGGAGCAACUUCUUCUUCUGAAGAUGAUGGUGGUGCAAACACGCAAGAGAAGUCGGUGGUCAUCGAUUUGCGCGGUGGUCCUGUUGUAGCGUCGAGCUCUCAUUUUCAAAGCUCUCUCGCCGCGUAUUUCUCCUGUAUCAUGUUGGAGCCGGGUGAAAUUCUUUCCCGGAUCACAGACGAAAAAAGCUGCGACUCAGUCUAUUUCGUGGCGCAGGGCCUGGUGCAGAUCAUAGUUCCCUCCUCAGGCAAGAAUUUGUAUAACGUACCUGUUCUACCAGGCGAUGAAGAGUACUGGGAGCAUGGCGCCACGGUGUCGCCAGUGGGCUCUUUUUUUGGGAAUUUGCGCAUUGUCUUGCCGAUGCGAGACGAGGAAGACGGAACGCGGAUGCCGGAACGAAGCAACAGUGGGUCCUCUUCAUCCUUCUUCAACGCCUCCGCAGAAGUAGACGGCGACACGGGUGUCUGCUUGUCUGUUCGUGCGCACAGUGAGAACACUGGGUAUGUGGUAUUGUACAAGUUUACGCGCGAAAGUUACUGGAAAUGCGCUAAAGAACGGCCGCAGGUAGCAAUCAGUCUGCAGUCCCGCAUCAUCGAAGCUUUCUGCAAAAAGGCACUGGUCUCCAGAGGUGGCUCCUCUGCGAUGGCGCUCACGUCGGGAACUUCUAGUGAAAGCAUCUCAGCGAUACUAAAACGCACGAGUCUCGUGGACUCUGGCGUAGGAAACGUGUCCCCCACGGGCCGGAGAAGUUCACUCACCG